CGGCCCGAGCCUCUUUCCUGCAUCCGGGCUCGGCCGUGAGAGCUGGGAAGGCUGGCAGGAGACAUGGAGGUUCGCGGCGAGGAUCCCGCCAACCCGGGCUGUUCAUCCUCCGCCCGAGACCGCCCCGGAGUCCCUGUGUCCAAGGAGCUGCUGACGGCCGGGAGCGGCUGCCGCGGAGGUAUAUGGGACAAGUUGCUCAUCAAUGCCAAGCCUGAUUCCAAGAAGGCGACCACUCUUCAAACCGUGCGUGUGGAGCGGAGUCCCUUAUUGGAGCAAGUCCAGAGCUUUCUCCCACAGAUGGCACAGGCAAAUGAAAAGCUGAGAAAAGAAAUGGCAGCUGCACCACCUGGGCAUUUCAACAUUGAGAAUACGGACGGGACCCUCGGGAAGGUCAUCCAGAUGGAUGUGGCCUUGUUUGAGAUGGAUCAGCUGGACUCGAAGGAGGACCAUUCAGAAGACACUUCGGAUGAGAGUUCAUCAUCCGAGGAUGAGGAUGACAGCAUCUCUUGUGAAGUAACCGUAGAUAACAUUAAGCUUCCUAAUUUGGAAGGCAGAAGAGGCAAGAUUGAAGUUCUGGACAGUCCAGCAAGUAAAAAAAAGAAAUAGUGAAACAGACGGUGGGAGAGAAGCAGGUGGCAGAUGCCAGCGGGUUCUGUGGAACAGAACGGGGCUUGUUGGCCCUUUUGCAUUUCAGGUAUCUACGGUGCUUUUGUGUUUUAGAAGGAAAAGUUUAAACAGAUUGAACAGAGCUGGAACCAAGAUGAAUUCAUGAGUCAGGCAGCACUCCAAACCCCAACGU